UAUUAUCAUAAAGUCUCUGUUCGCCGAAAAUUCGUAAAAUGUGUUUUAAAAAAUAAAUACUCUUUUUUCAGAAUUGAUGGUGUAUUUCAACAUACAAUCGAGUAAUGUAUUAAUUAGAUAUGUCAGCCGAACCACGAUAGAUCCAGAUCAGCCAUCAUGUAUUCCCUUUUAACCAGAUUCAAUCGUGUAAUUACCAAAACAACGGUCACUUCGACCAAUGUAUUUCGAUGUAUAUCUUACAAAAAUGAUUUAAAUAAUGAGUUAACUUUGAUGUGUAAUUCGAUGAAAGCUCUUACGGUUUCAAAUGGCCAUACUUCGGUUAGUUAUCAACAGAAACGUUACAGCGUAUCGGGCUUCUUCAAUAAACAUCCUGCGAGUGAAAUUUGGAAAUCUGUAUCCAGUGUGAGUAACGCCGGUCGUAAAAGAGGUCGUGGUAAAAUUCGUGGUAAAAAAGUAAUCAGAGAUUUGAACAGAGGACAAGUUAUCGGAAUAGGUACUGCGAAUAUACGAUGGCCUGGUCUCAGUGCUCCGAUAAUUCGUGGCCGAGAAUUAGUCCAGCAGACGAGAUUACCCGAAGAUAAAUCCAUCCAAGAGAACUUGUACAAAUUGAGAGAUUCGGUGAAGAGAGCCAGACGACAGCGUGUAGCGCCUAUAGAUCGUGGUUGGUCCGGUGGACAUCCAAAUGGCAAAAGAAUAGGACCUCCUGAUCCCAUCGGAGACCUAACUUUCAGCGGAUUCGACACGGUUAUCUUGGAACAAAAAACUGUCGCUCGAAUGACCAGACUAUUCGGAAGGCUGCGUCGAGUAUCAGCUCUUUGUGUGACCGGAAACAAAAACGGUCUAGUCGGAUACGCUUUGGCCACAGCACCAGAGAUGAAGCCUGCGUUGAAACGUGCCAAAAAUCGUGCCGGCCAAAGGCUAGUCUACGUGCAACGUUACGAUGAACAUACUGUGAUGCAUGAUUUCUUUACACGAUUCGCAAAUACUAAAAUUUACGUCUGGAAGAAGCCCAAGGGAUAUGGACUACGCUGUCAUCGAGCCAUCAGAGCUAUCUGCGAAAUGGUCGGCAUCACAGAUCUAUACGCCAAGUGCGAAGGUGGCGAUGCUUAUUUGAAUAUCACUCAAGCUUUCUUAUUAGGAUUAUUAAGACAAAAAUCAUACAAAGAAUUAUCCGAGGAGACGGGAAUGCACGUAGUAGAAAUGUCGCCGUACCACGAUUACUUCCCCAAGGUUCUCUCAUCGCCUAAAGAUCCAGUUUAUUCGGCCGAAGAAAUACCGAAUUUCAAUCUAUAUGUUUACGAUAACAAAGUGUUCCAUUUCAAAAAGAAGUAUCCUCCGUUUUGGCACAAAGACGUGCGUUAUCCUAUCAUUGUGAGAAAAGCUGAAAACAAAAGGAGUCAUUUUGAUACGAAAAUUAUGUUGAGAGCGGAAUACGAUAAUGAACUUCGAAGUUUCUUGACGGAUGAACACCCAGAAUGUAAACCAUUUUUACCGCCUUGGACGAAAUCAAUCAAAGAGGCCGCUAAAGCAGCGGAAGAAGAUAAGGCCGAAGAAUAGAUUUUUGUUGGUAGUUUUAAAUAUUAAAAUGUUUCUUUUACAUCA